GGCGGGGGGCGGGAGGCGGCGGGCGCGGGAGGCGCGGGGCGGCCCUCGAGGAGCGGGCCCAGGCCCGCGGAGCCCGGCGGGGCGGGUCAGGGCGAGGCCGCGGAGGGAGGCCCAGCCCCGGGCGGCGCCUGUGUGCCCCGCCGGCAGCGGCCCGGCGCCGGGGGCUGGCGAGGCGGCGAGCGGGGUGGGAGCCGGCGGGAGGCGGUGGCUCCUGGGCACGGGCUGCGAACCCGGUGCUCCCUGCCGGCCGGGCCACCGCGCGCCCUCCCCGCCCGCCCCUCGCCGCGCCUUCUCCUCCCGUUCGUGUCGCCUCCUCUCCUCCGCCUCGCGCCGCUCCCGCCCGCGCCCGGGCUGCCGAACCAGCGGGCCGGGUCCCCCGCCUGCGCGCUCCUGGCCGGGCCGGCGGGGACCAGUCCCGCGGCCGACGCCGCCUCCCCCGGCCUUUCCGACAGUGGAUGAGCGGCGGCAGCGCUCUCUCCGGCCGCCGGCCGAGAGCGGGGCUGGGCUGCUCGGACCCUCGCGGCCGCUCGGGACGCCGCGGGUGCGGAAGCGCGGACAUCCUGGGUCCGGGCUGAGUGCGUCCGGGGCACCCAGCGGUGCCCGCUCAUUCCGUCUGGACUGGACCGAGCGAAGCCUGGACCGUGCCGAGCCCGGGGGAUGCCGGGCGCGGGCUGAGGGGAUCCCGGCGCCCUCCGAUCCCAGCUACUUUGGCUCACGCACCGGGACGCCCUACGCCCGGGUCACCUGUGGCCUGAGAGCCGCAGACCCACCAGACCCUUCUCGCCCAGGCCCCACCCGGCGCCUGGCGGGGGUUGGGGGACAUUUUUCCUGCCCCCGGUCGGGGAGCGCAGAGGCCCCGCCCCUCCCACCGCCCAGAUGUCUCCCGGGGCGGUUCUGAGGACCUCCCUGAGGCCAGGGGCCGAAGGGUCCAGAGAGAGAAGCCCGCCCUAGGGAGCCUGGGGGGCCCCCCAACCUCAUCUGGGGCUUGGCCCCCACGCUACUCGGAAGGCAGGCCGGUGCCCUCACCCUCGGGGUCUGCUCUCCUCCGUCCAGCUCCCUUCCCAGAGCUGUCCACAUCUGGAGCCCCCUCCACAUCUGGAAGACCCCAGCCACAGUCAUUCUGCAGGUGUCACUUGCAACCAGAGACCUCUGCCUUUGCAACUGCCCAAGAGUCGUGAGGGGAUUGUGCUGCCUUCCCCAAUCCCAAGGGCAUCUCUUACCCUUAGUCCCUGCAGAGUCAUCUCCCUGCUUCUGUGUCCAGGCUCAGCCAGACAUCAGCCCAGCACACCUAUAGGCACUUCAAGUCCUGAAGGGCUCCUGAGAUCCAAGACCCCUCCCCUGCCCUUCUAUGUCCUCAUCUUGACCCCUUGUCUCCUUCUGGGUGUCCCAUUCCCCAUCCAGAGGCAAAGGAGGCGGGGUGGCAGGAGUCAGGGGCUGGGUGAGGGCCACCCAGGGCCAGCGUGGGCUGGGGGGCCGUUAAGAUGUGGAGCUCUGCCUGGCUGAGAGGGGCUCUGUGGAGGCAGACGCAGUGUGUGCCUGGCUGGGGGGAGUAUGGGCAGGCCUGCAGCCACGUGGUAAAGGAUGAACAUUCGGGGCACCCCGGACCUCGGGCAGCCCAGUGACGACCCCAGCAGUGGUGGCGAACGUGAGCGGAUUCGACAGCGCAUGAAGAUGGUCAUCGGGCAGCUGGAGGGCAUUCUACGGGAGCUCAAAGAGGUGGCCAAGGAGCUCAGGGAGGUGGUGAGCCAGAUAGAUAAGUUAACCUCAGACUUCGAUUUUGAACUGGAGCCAGAUGACUGGACCACGGCCACUGUGAGCAGUACCUCCAGCAGCGACAAGGCCGGUGUAGGUGGCCCCUUUGACCUGGGCCACCUGGACUUCACGACAGCUGACAUCCUCUCAGACAGCUGGGAGUUCUGCUCCUUCCUGGAUGUCUCUACCCCUUCAGAUUCCAUGGACGCCGCCGAGUCAACACGACCAGGGGCUGGUUCUGACUACCGACUCAUGAACGGUGGCAUGCCCAUUCCUAAUGGGCCACGGGUGGAGACCCCAGACUCCUCCAGUGAGGAGGCCUUCAGCACCGGCCCUCUCAAGGGGCAACUGCCCCAGCGGACCCCAGGCACACGGGAGAGAGUGCGCUUCAGCGACAAAGUGCUCUACCAUGCUUUGUGCUGUGAUGAUGAAGAGGGGGAUGGUGAGGAGGCAGCGGCAGAGGAGGAGGUGGGCCUGUCCCCAGAGCCUCCCCAUACAGAGGCCCAUGUGGGCCCCCUCAAGACCUCCCUGGCCCCCAACAAGCCAAGGCGCUCUCCACUGACUGGCCGAUGCUCAGGCCCCACCUUGGCCCCCGAGCAGACACGAAGGAUCAUGAGGAACAGCAGCACCCAAACAGUGUCAGACAAGAGCACGCAGACAGUGCUUCCCUACACAGCCUCCAGACAGAAAGCCAAAGGGAAAAACUAGGGGCCGGGAGGGGACUGGGGUUGGGUAGGGGGAGGUACAUAGAGUUAUAAAUAUAUACACAUAUAUAUUUAAACAAACACAGUCAUAAUAAAAUUUUAAAAUGCUGAGGAUCCAGCCCCACAGGCCCCAAAGCUUUCUCAGAGCUCAUCUUAGGCACAGAGAUGCCUACUUCCCUACUAGGUCCCAGGAAGUGUGUCUAGAACCUUCCUCCCUUCCUUCCCAUUGCAGGGCUCCUGAAGGGGGUGUCCAAAUGUCAAGCUGCUGGCCUGGACCAUGUCCAGGGAUUCAUCUGCAGGAGGCAGGCUCUCAAGAAGUAGUGUCCAAAGCCAGGGCUAAUAGUAUGAUGUGGAGGAGACUAAGUGGCUUCACCCAUGGAGUGGGUGGCUCCAUGCUCAGCCUUGUCCUCUAGAGAUCAAAGACUCAUGGCAAAGCCCCAGCAAGGCCCCUAGUGCUGCUGAGAUCCAUGUGAGAAAACAGGCAGCAGCCACCAUGGGCCAGAGAUAGGCCCCUGACCUGUCUGCAGGCAGGCAGCCCCAGGAAGGAAUCCAAUGGCUCCGCUCUACCGCUGCUCCUCCACUCUGGGACCCUGAGUUCGCUUUGGCAGGUCAUAAAUGACACCAACAGAAACAGAUGGGAGCCUAGAGGUACCAAGGCUUCAUCUGGGGCGUGGUCCAUACAGAGACAGCAUCUGAAUAUCAUUGGGCUAAUAAUCCCAACCAUUGCUCACAUUUACUGAGCAUAUCUCCAUGUCGCUACUGUGCUAAAUACAUUGUAUAGCAUAAUCUAAUUUAAUUUUCAAAGUAACCUGACAAGACAGGAACUAUUGCUAUUCCCAUUUUUCAAAUGAGAAGACUGAGAUUCAGAGAAGUUAAGUAACUGGCCCAGGGUCACAGAGCCUGUGCCCCUCCACUCCCCUUCCCCCAUGAGCACAUGGUUUCCAGGCUAUAUCUGGCUCUGCUAUCUAGUAACUGUGCAAUCUUGGGAAAGUCCAUUUGCCUCUCUGAGCCUAUCUACCUCAUCUAUGAAGGGGGUCUGAUAAUGUUCAUCUACCUCACCAACUGCUGUGGAGCUUCAACAAGAUGAGGACUUGGUAAAUUCCAAGUCACUGGAUAUGUGUUGUGGUCAGUGGCACCCCAACUCAGAUUCCAGUGUUUUCCAGGGUUGGGAUCCCUGAGUGGGGUGGGAAAGAAACCACUGCCAUCAACUGGGCCACAGCUUGAUGGUCUCCACGAGCUAUUGGUCUCCAAUAGCUCAGAGCAGGAAGGAAGCAGUGAUGGCGGUGCAAGGAUGUCACUGCUCAGGGCCUCCCUGAUGCACAUUUAAUGAAAGCAGAGGUACAGCCUGCCAGGGACUGUCAGGAGGGUCUCUGGCUCUACACACGGGCGCCCAGGCGAGCAUGGCCAGAGAGGUACUGUCCAGCCCCCAGGGGCGGGGAGACAGAGACCAUGUUGGCCUGUUUGGAGCAAAUGCCAGGGAUGCUGUCAGGAUGAGACAGGCAGGCCUAGGAGGCCUGCUCUGCAGUGUUGGGGUCUCCCCUUGGGCCCUAAAUAGCCAACCAGGGUGCAACCUCUGGAGUGGAAAUACAGGGUAGUGGGUCCAGGCUAGCAGUUCCUGCCCAGACCUGAGAAUAAGAGCUCUGAGCUCCUCCCUCAGUCCCAGGAAAACUCUUGGGCAGUGGUAUUGAUUAGUGAUAGGACCCUGGCUCAAAAGAUGCAUGCCAGGGGCUCCCCUGAAGGAUGGCUGGCUGGGUCCUUCCAUCCUUCCGGAUGGCCUGACAGUGAAGAGGGGCAGGCCCUGCCCAGGUAUGGGCACACCUAGCUUUGGGACUCAUUUUUGCUCUCCAGUGGCAAGAUUAUUUGUUUCACAGCUUUGCAACAGUCAAGAAAAAGACAUCUGCAGAGAGCACACAUUUCACCAGGAAGAAACAGAGAGCCCUGUGAGGGCAUUGUCCUCUCCUGGGAGACCCCACUCCACUCCCCUCUGUGUGAUUUCCUCUGGCCAUGGCUAGCAUGUACCACCUGGCUACUUGCUCCAAAUGGGGCAGUAGAGUGAGGGUGUCCUGGAGGAGGGGAAAGUAGAUAUUGAAGCGGGCAUAGGUUUUCAAAGGCCUAAAAAGUACUUGGCUACUCAUAUAUAUAUGCCACAAUCAGUCUGGACCUCACUCACGGAUCCCCAUGGUUUUCUUAUGACUUGAAAGACAGAAUGUGGUCACCUAUGUAAAGAACUGUGACUAUCAGAGCUGGUGAGCACAAAAUACACUGCUUCAGAGUAAUGAGCUCCCUGUCCUGGAGGCAGACACAGACAUCCUGGGGACUUCUUCCAGACCCACCUGCUCCUCCAGGUAGUCUCUCACUGCUCUUCACCAUCUCUUCGCCAGUUUCUGGGUUUCCCAGAAUGUCCCAUCAGAUCUCCCUGUUUACAGGAAGUCUUAUUUUGCUGACCAUCUACUGUGAGUUCAGACUUGUGACAACCAGUGCUGUGGAGGAGUCAUAGUCAUAAACAGCUCAUGCUCAUUGAGCACCUACUAUGCGCUGGGCAUGUCCUAAGCAUAUGUUUUACUGCAUUUAUUCCACUCAGAAAAUAUGAGAUAAGCAAUUAUAUUUAUACCUGUUUUCCAGAUGAGGAAACUGAAGCUCUGGGAAGUUAAUAACUUGCCUAAGGGCACAGGAUAAGUAUGGCACCAGGAUUGAUCCCAAACUCAGUGACUUGGUACUCAAACAUAUGCUAUAGUCAUAUCCCUGGUGGAGACAGUGCCCUGGUCUCUGGGGGUGUGGGAGGGGCUGGGGUCUGAGAGCCAGAUGGUGGGAUGUGGGUAUCAGGAGCAGGAGACCUGUGAAUGCCAUUCAUUCUUUGGAGAACUUGGCUACUAUUGAUGGCCCUUGACACAGAGCCUGGCACCAAAUGGAUUAUGCAUUCAAUAAAUGUUUGCAGAAUGAAAGAAUGAGCUCCAUUUGCAGAGGGAGCAUUCAUUCAAUCAGCUUUUAUUGCAGGCCUCCUACGUGCCAGGUCUCAUGUUGCUUGUGCACAUACAUACACACAGCUCCCUGGGAGGGACUGGCCUGGUGUGGCUCAGCAGCUGGGCAAAGUCAAAACAAAGAGGUGUGGGGAUUCAGUGCUGAUAAGCCAGAGGUGGUGGUGAGUCCAGCCUGUGGUCUCUGGGAAAGAAGCCAGGAGCAUGAGAUAGGGGGCUGGCUUGACAAGGAGACCACUCUGGGAGUGGGAGGAGUGAGGGGAGGUCCUCAGCCUGACACCACUUUAACGAGGUGGGCACAUUGCAGUGUCUCCAAUGUCUGAGGAUGAGGAGACCUCAUUGUCUCCAUUUACAGGCAAGGGACAGACCAUGUAGUCUAAGGUCUGAUGGGACCAAGGAGCAGAAAGGGGGAUGAACUAUUUGGAGACCCCAGCACCAUCCUCCACCCUUAGAGACAAAGUGAGACCCUGUCAAUGGAAGGGAUAAGGGCCAGGGGGAGCUGGGAAUUCAAGGCAGACACAGAUAUCCACCACUACCUCUCCUAAAUUCCCUUACUCUGACCCUCACCUCAUCCCCUUCCGCCCUCCAUCUCUCACCCAUCAUCCAGCUGGAACUUGUGUAAGAAAACUGACAUUUAUUAGCCACCUAGUAUAUGCCAGGCACUGUGCCAUGUUUUUUAGCUAACACUAAAUGACAGAUUUAGUUGCGCCCAGCACAUAAUAAGUUGUUCAGUAAUUAUUGAAUAAAUGGAUGAACCAGAAUCUUUAUUUUACAGGUGAGGAAGCGGAUGAGCUAAUAAGGAAUUUGUUCAAAGUUGCACACAGAAAUCGGUGGAGCUGGAGAUUUGGAAUUGUUAUUAUUUAUUAUUUAUACUUACAUAAGAGCUGCUGUUUCUGGAACACGUACAAUUUGAUGCUUUAGGCACUUCACAUAAAUUAUCUUACCUACUUUACAACAACCCUCCAAAUAACAGACGAUUACCAUUUUACACAUGAGAAAACAGACACUCAGCAAGGUGUGGUACCCUGCCCCAAAUAAACAGCCCCUGCGCAGAAACAAGACCUGAAUCUAGGCUUCACUCUGCUUACCACACGCCUAGCUUGCAGGGCCCUAGGACCCUAUCAGACAUUCCAGAGCCCACAUUUACCCUUGGCCAACUGAGCAGUGCUCACCAGGGCUCAGGCCUGCUCUCCUCAACUCCAUGCUCAGGACCCCA